UUUUCGUGUCUCCGUGUGUCCAAACGAGGGAGUGAAGUGUAGGUUCUUUCCCUUGCCCCUUUUUCCAUUGAAGCUCUCAUUCUUUGUUUUGAGUGUUCGAUUCGGCUCCCGUACCUCCCUAGGCGACGACGACUUCAGAGACGACCUCACGACAUUGACAGCCCAUUUUCUAUUUUGUCAUCGAUUCGUUUCCCUCAAGCUUUCUCAAAUACGGCGACGGCGACUGUCGAACAAUUGAAGCUCCGGUUUUUUAAGGUGGAUAUAAGUUUUCUAGAUAAAAAUUACGAUUUGAGGUAAAGCGAACUAUUUCCUGGGAGAUGCCUGAGUUCUUCCCUAACACUAAUGCUAAAAGGAGCGAAGCUCACAGCUCAUGUGGGCAAAGCCCUGCAAUCUUUGCCUAAAAACCCAUAUUUCAUCCUUUUUCCAUCUGGGUUUCUUAGAUAUUAUGGUAAUGUUAACUCGAAAAACAAUGGAUCAAUACAUGAAACUGAAUGGGAAAGAUUACUCAGACCAUUUGACCUCAAAGAGCUUCAAAGAUCCUUCAAUCGAAUCACUCCUUUUCAACUUUGUAAAUUGCUUGAAUUGCCACUUGAUGUAUCCACAUCAAUGGAAAUAUUCCAACGGGCAGGUGCUCAGAAGGGCUAUUGUCACACAUUUAAGGUCUACUAUGUGUUAAUAAAAAAGCUUGGUGAAGCCAAAGAGUUUAAAGUUAUAGAUCAAUUGUUGUUGCAGAUGAAAGAGGAAGGGAUUGUUUUUAGGGAGUCCCUUUUCAUAUGUAUUAUGAAAUCAUAUGGGAUAGCUAGUUUGCCUGGUCAAGCUACUAGGCUGUUGUUGGAUAUGAAAGGUGUUUAUUGUUGCGAACCAACAUUUAAGUCUUAUAAUGUUGUGUUGGAGAUUCUGGUAACUGGUAACUGCCCUAGUGUUGCAUCAAAUAUUUUUUAUGACAUGCUGAGUAAGGGUAUAUCACCCACUGUUUACACAUUUGGGGUGGUGAUGAAAGCAUUCUGUAUGGUUAAUGAAGUUGAUAAUGCUUGCUCACUGCUUAGAGACAUGACAAAAUAUGGGUGUGUGCCAAAUGCAGUGGUCUACCAGACUCUCAUACAUGCACUUUCAAAGAGGGAUAGAGUUAAUGAAGCAUUGAAAUUUCUGGAGGAAAUGUUUCUGAUGGGAUGCAUUCCUGAUGUUGAUACCUUCAAUGAUGUUAUUCAUGGCUUGUGCAGGCUUAAUCGAAUUCAUGAGGGGGCAAAAUUGGUUGACCGGAUGCUUCUCCGAGGUUUCACCCCAAACGAUAUGACUUACGGAGUUCUAAUGCAUGGGUUAUGUAGAGUGACACAAGUAGAUGAUGCCCAGGAAUUGUUCAACAAAAUUCCUGGCCCAAGUACAGUGCACUUCAAUAUCUUAAUUAAUGGAUAUGUAAAGAGUGGCCGCAUGGAUGAAGCUAAGGGUUUUUUGUAUGGUAGGAUGUUAAGUGACGGAUGUAGGCCUGACGUUUUCACAUUUAACAUACUGAUACAUGGGUUUUGCAAGAAGGGUCUUGUGGGUUCAGCUCUUGAAUUGGUGGAUGAGAUGGCUGUCAGUGGUUGCAAGCCCAACGUAAUUACAUACACUAUUUUGCUUGACGGGUUCUGUAAGAAAGGUCAAUUAGAGGAAGCUGGACAUAUUUUAAAAGAGAUGUCAGCUAAGGGACUUGGUCUUAAUGUAGAGGGAUACAACACCUUAAUACACACAUUGUGCAAGGGUGGGAAGGUUCAUGAAGCUCUGGACAUGCUUGGUGAAAUGUCAAGCAAAGGAUGUAAGCCUGACAUAUUUACAUUUAAUACUCUAAUAUUUGGUUUUUGCAAGGUUGAUAAGAUUGAGAAAGCCUUAGGACUCUAUCGUGAUAUGUUCAUGGAGGGUGUUAUUGCCAACAGUGUAACUUACAACACAUUGAUUCAUGCUUUUUUGAGGAGAGGUGCAAUUCAAGAAGCGCUUAAGCUUGUAAAUGAUAUGUUAUUCAGAGGAUGCCCUCUUGAUGAGAUCACUUACAAUGGCCUAAUAAAAGGAUUCUGCAAAGCUGGGGCCAUUGAGAAAGGAUUGGGAUUGUUUGAAGAAAUGAUCAGGAAGGAUCUGACACCCAGUAAUAUCUCAUGCAAUAUAUUGGUCAACGCCCUUUCUAGUGUUGGCAAAGUACAUGAUGCACUUGAGCUUCUAAGGGAUAUGACUCAUCGAGGUUUGGCACCUGAUAUAGUCAGCUACAACAGCCUGAUUAAUGGUUUAUGCAAGAUGGGGCGCAUUCAGGAGGCUGUCAAUCUCUUUGAGAAAUUGCAGGUUGAAGGAAUACAACCUGAUGCUAUUACUUACAACACUUUGAUUUGUUGGCAUUGCAGAGAUGGAAUGUUUGAUGAUGCAUGUUUACUGCUUCAUCAAGGUGUCAAGAAUGACAUUGUACCUAAUGACGUUACAUGGUAUAUUUUGGUCAGCAAUUUUUUUAAAAGGAUUGCCAGGGAGAAUAAAAUUAUGUCCUAUUCUCAGUUUUAAGUCCUGGAAGGAAGCAUCUGAUCUUGGAAGAUGAAUUUUCUUAGGCAUUGUGAAGUGAUAUCACCCUUCCAGCCACAUCCAGAUGGAAGAUUUUGUUCAUUGAUAUGAGCUGCCUGAUCUUUCUACUCCUUGGUACUUAAUGAACCAGAGAUGAGUAUACUACCAUGCAUUUACGAAAGGUUGGUGCUGCUCUAAAAGCUAAGCAAUUGAAGUUGAACAUAGAUGAGUAGAUGCUUUUAUCCUGGUUUGUUGGUUAACUGAAUGGUGAUAUCAAGAGGGCCUCUCUGGAAUCUGGAUUACCAUUCGAUCAAUAUUUCAGUGGGGGUGCAAUCGAGCCAAGUCAAAUCAAUACAAUUACUUAUGCGGUAACAGAACGAGGCAGUGGAGGCUGCUACUGAUCCAACUCCCAUAAACUCUCUUGUGCUGCAUAUAAGAAGGCAGGCAGUAAUGUAUGGCUGGAAGCAGGCUCUAUAUAUAUAUAUAUAUAUAUAUAAUGGAAGGUGGAAAGGUAUUGAUUUUAGACUGCUGCAUGAUCAUAUUUUCAGCUGGCUUUGACAAAUUUUAAAUCAAUGAAUUACUGUCAUGGUGGGAUGUUUGGAAUACUUUUCACCACUACGUAUGCCUGGAAAUUCAUGGGCACCGUGGUUGAAAACCCAGUUGUAAAAUCCAUCGCUCUUGAACACAAUGCAACUCCAGCUCUGUUCUCUUAUAAUAUCUGAAUGGAAAUUACGCAAGGCUGCUGUUCUAGGGUUGCACAAUGCCACAAAAUGAAACAUGUCUGCACCCUUGUCUCACCUUAGUUGACAGAAAACUGUCCCAUGUAUGCUGAAGAGUGAUUGAACUAUCAAGCAUCUGUUUCAGAUCUCUAACCUCAUAUCUUUUGAAUUUUCCACAUUCGAUACAGGACUUUAGUCCAGAAGAAAGCUUCAUAUUCCUCAUUAAAAUAGACGGGGAUAAAAGAAAGAAAGAAAAGAACACAGCUGAAACAAGAUAAGGUGCCAACAUAUUACACACGCUCACUGGGAAAGUAUGAUCUACAAAUGCAAAAUUUCGCUGUUAAAAUUGGAAAAUGAAGGGCAACUACCAUUUCAAAAAUUGCUGAUAUUUUACUAUUGCAAUCAGAAUAAGUUACAAGUGCAUGGUGAAUAUAACGCAUACAUCAGCUGUGAAGCAAACAGCAUAUCACUCCUGAACGCUCCAUCUACCCCGAAGAGUUGGCACUAUCAGUGACCACAAAUGAUUUGCUGGGCACUUUUCCCAAGACCAAAAAUUGGUCCAUCUGAUUGGACAACUGAAUUAUGGGAAAAAAAAAAAAAAAAGGGCAA